UUGUCAAAUAAUCAAGCUAAAAAAAAAUAAUUAAUUAAGUUAACAACAUCUUACCAAAAACCUAGAUCUGUCCUCUUUCUCUCUCUUAGUUUUCCAUUGAAGCGUACUCCACAUUUUCCAUUGAAAUUUUCUAUCUUCCGUUGAAGCUGCUUCUAAGUUCGGAAAAGCUAUGGAUUCAGUCAGCCCCGCAGAACGCAGAUACUUUGAAGACGAUGACACCCCCAUGAUGAAAGUUAUUAAGGGUACAACUAGUGGUCUAGCAGCUGGAACAAUCUUUGGUACUGUUGUGGCAACAUGGUAUGACGUGCCUCGUGUUGAGAGAAAAGUUGCAUUACCAGGAUUGAUAAGGACUUUGAAGAUGAUGGGAAACUAUGGGCUAACAUUUGCUGCUAUAGGUGGUAUUUUCAUUGGUGCAGAGCAGAUGGUGGAACAUUAUAGGAAAAAGAGAGACUUUGUUAAUGGGGCAGUUGGUGGCUUUGUUGCUGGAGCUUCUGUUUUGGGCUUCAAAGGAAGGAGCAUUCCAACGGCAAUUUCUGCGGGAGCUGCAUUGGCUGCCACUUCUGCCCUCAUUGAUAUUGGUGGUCAGACAACAAGAAUUGACAAUGGUAAAGAGUACUACCCUUACACUGUCAAGAAAAGGCCUGCACUCACAGAAUAAGCUCGUGUUGCUGCUAUCGUGUUUCAGAGGCAAUGCUUUGGCUUAUUCUCAGAUAAGAUGUAUUUUCUUGUGUAAUUUCUUUUUGCCUUAGCCUUACUUUAAAACUCGUUAGCCACACAUUUGAGUGAAUUGUUGAAUAAAUUUGUACUGCCAUUUUGCAAGUUUUUAACUUAUUUUGUUUUCCAAACAAAAUUAAGGAAAACAUUUUGCUGCUUCUUGAUAUCCUUAAGAGAGCAAGGAUGUACAAUGAGCGUUAAUUCCUGAUGUUUACCCACUGUUAGUGCCUUUUCUUACUUGUUAACUAGUCAGUGGCUUUAAACUUGUUAAGGUUGUAAAAUUUUUUAAACUCUAGCUGAAAGAAUCUAAUUUAUGAGGCA